AUGCCAUUAUCAAUCUUAUUGGAAAGACAUAUUAUUAAAUCUAAUGAGAAACUUAGUAAAAGUAACGUUAAAGUUUUUUGUAAAGCAUGUAUUGAUGUAUUGGGUGAAGAAGCAGGCAAAGGCAAUAGUUUUCCUAACAAAAUGGAUAGAAUCAUUCAGCACCUAAAAAAAUGUGUACAUUUUGUGAAGAAAACGACACCUGAAGAAAGAGAUGAAAUAUUUGCUCUGACUAAUAAUAAUAAAGAGAUUUUAAAUGAAAAAAGACCAGCUUCUCCUAGUUUUUCUUACGAUAUUGUGUCCAAUUCCUUCAAAGCUUCUUCAACACGAAAAGUUAUAGUUCGAUCCUCUUCCCAUGGGCCUCUUGAUAAUUAUGCAGUUCGACCAUUGUCACAACAAGACAAAGAAAGAUUUGAGAUUCUUUUAUUAAGAUUAACAGUGUCCUGCGGGUGGGCUCUUCAUUGGGUAAACAAUCCUGAAGCCAAAGAAUUGUUUCAAUUUUUGAAUCCUUGUAUUAAACUUCCUGAUCGUCGACUUCUUGGUAGGAAAAUUUUAAAGGAAGUGGUAUCUGAAAAAGAUAAAGCCAUAUAUGAUGAGCUUCACCAAGACUUAUUCGGUAUUACCUUGACAUUUGACAGAUGGACAAAUGUUAAAAAUAAGCAAUUGCUAGGCAUAAUAGUUAUUACUUCAGUAACUGAUAUUAGCUUGGAAAGAGAAUCACAUAUUGAAAUGAUGGAAAAGACAAAAAAAAUGAUAAAUGAGUUACAAAAUAUGAAAAUAAAGGUUUCUGCAGUUGUCACUGACAGUGCUGGGCCUUAUGCAGUGGCAAGGUAUUGGAGCUUUAUGGAAGCUUCAACAACUGAAUUAGGUGUAGUGGCUUGCAAAUUAUAUGGGGUUUGUGUAAAUGCAGCUGCAGUCGAACGUCUUUGGAGCUGCAUGAGCUUUUUGCAGACAGAUCGGAGAAGUCAACUAGCAUCUCCAAAAGCCUUUGACAUGUCUAAAUUAAGAGCUGAGAUUACAUGGAGUCAUUGGAAAGAAUCAAAUUCUGUUGAAUUACUUGCACCAAGUUUUCAAGAAAAUAUACAAAACCAACAAGAGAAUGAAGACAAUACUACAAAUGAAAGCUUUAAUGAUGAAGAGAUAGCAGAUUCAAAUUCUUUGAAGGAAGAAUUUGUUGGUGAUACUGUUCAUCCAGUGGUCGAUUCUAAUGCCAAAUGGGAUCUAAUUACACUUUUUAAUGAAUUACUAUUACUGUAA